AUCGCUGCUGCCAAAAGUUUCAGGUUUCCAAAUACUUUGGUGAGUUAUAAAAAGAAGCAGCUACAUGACUCAGUAUAACUUUUGGCGUAGAUGCUUUGAAGAAGAAGCGAUGAAGAAAUCUGUUUCAACACAAUAUACGGCCAGACCAUGACUGAUCCAGAUCUUUCCUUUCCAUCUGGACAAAUAGAGCAGCUCCUUACAUGCUCAGUUUGUCUAGACCGAUACAAGACACCAAAGCUUCUUCCAUGUCAACACACGUUCUGUCAGCAGCCAUGUCUGGAGGGUCUGGUGGACAGAAGGACUGGUAUGAUCAGAUGUCCGGAGUGCAGAGCUGACCACAUAGUUCCUCGGCGAGGAGUGUCUGGUUAUCCAAACAAUCUCACAGUAAUUGGCUUCCUCGAGUUGGCCUCUCAGUCUCAGAGGAGUUCAGCUGGCUUUCAAUAUGAAGAGGCUCAGGCAACCGGACCACAUCCUGAUGAGAUGCCAACCAAUGUACCACAUGCAGCAGGAGCUGUUGGAGGUGCCAGUAGUGGAUGUUCUGUUUGCCAUAGAGAAGACAGAUUGUCACGGUGUGGCCACUGCAACCAGAGUGUGUGUGAUUCUUGUAAGAGUAACCAUAUUAGUAUUCUGAAGUCAGACAUUGGGAGGCAUAUAAACCAGAUUCGCAGGGGAAUUCCAGACAUCACUGAAUCAUUGAAUACCAUUGGCCACAGUGGUUCUCAGCUACAGCAGAGAUGUGAGGCUGCUAAAACUGAGAUAAGUGAAGCCAUCGAGAAACAUGUGAGAGAACUGAGAAACAGACAGAGACUGUUGCAUGGCGAGAUUGAUUCUUUUCUACUGGCUGAAUUGCGGUCUUUACGGAUGCAUCAGGAGAACAUUGAAGUUGAGGUAGCCAGUAUGGCAAGCUUUUGUGAUUCAACUGAGUCCAUGCUCAACAGAUCAAAUCACAACAUUCCAGAUGAUGAUCUGGUGGAAAUAAAACGAAACUGUACAGACAAUUUGGACAACAUAAUGGGCUAUCAAUCUGGCCGUAUCCGUCUUCCAACACUUCGACAAAUGCAGAUCUCUCUGGAAGACCAGUUCCUGUCAAACACAAUCACUAACCUUGGAGAACUUAUCGUGACAUCAGGGCCUCCUGCUGCUCCUACACGCCAUCGAACUAGUCAAGAGAGAGAUGAAGCAUCUAGUAUCAGUGAUGAUAAUCCAAAUAUCAGAGUGAAUCAGAGAGAGGCAACACAUUCAGCACAAGAGUCUCAUCCUAACUAUGCUUUGAGGGUUAUACGUUCAGACAGAUCAUUGUCUCUGUCACCUUCCAUAGGAAGGAGAAAUAUGGCAUCAUCUCAACAGGGUGUAGGUAUAAACACAAAUGAUGAGGAUGGAUUAAGAGAGAGACCACCGCUUGGAGAUCACAGCACACCACCUGUUAUACGUCGGAGGUUAAGACGAGAACAUCACUCCGAUCCCAGACUUGGCAGCUUCAUGGGCCGGGAAUCAGAUGGUUAUGCUCUGGACAGAAGUGCCAGUCGACUCAGACACAGAAGUACAGGAGCUCUUCCACCUGCUGCUGAGGAGGAGGUGGAAAAUGGUGAAGCGUUAAUGUAUGAGCCAAGUUCUUUUAUCAGAGAAAGGACAUUUGUUAGAGAUGCUGCAGCAUCAGCAGUGGCCACCAAUGCCACUUCUUCGAUGACACAGAGUCUUGCACAGGCCAACUCCACAGUAAUGCCUCCUUUUCUGACUAACAUCAGACCAGCAGUUCGGUUUGAUAUCACACUGGAUUCAAAUGAUAAUAAUGGCCAAACAUCAGAGGAGAAUUCUGAGAUUGUACCCUUUAGCAGGACUAACUCUAGUCCCAGCAUCUAUGUUUCAAGCCCAAGAAACAAAUACAAUCAGAAAGGACAAGCGGUUAUCCGAUUUGGUGAAAGAGGUGCAGAGCAAGCCAAUUUCACGUGGCCUCGAGGAGUGGCAGUCUCACCUCUUGAUGACAAAAUCUAUGUGGCGGACAGUAGUAACCACAGAGUUCAAGUCUUUGAUAAUGCUGGAAGGUACAUCAGAUCAUUUGGUGCCUAUGGGCAGAAUGAAGGGGAGUUUGACUGCCUGGCUGGAAUUGCUGUUAAUGGUCUGAAUCAAGUCAUUGUGGCUGACCGUUAUAAUCACCGCAUUCAGAUAUUCAAUCGAAGUGGAAUUUGCCAGUUUGUAUUUGGACAAGAAGGUAAUGCUGAUGGACAGCUUAGCUACCCAUGGGGUGUGGCCUGUGACAACAUGGGAUUUAUAUAUGUAUGUGACAAGGAAAACCAUAGAAUACAGGUUUUUCAGUCCAAUGGAACUUUUGUACGUAAGUUUGGUCGAUUAGGAAAAUCUGUUGGAGAGUUUGAGAACCCACAUUACCUUGCAGUGAGCAACAACAAUCAAGUCUACGUCAGCGACAGCAGCAACAAUCGCAUUCAGGUGUUCAGUAUCUAUGGUAACUUUCUGUUUAGUUUUGGUGUGGCAGGAUCAUUGCGGGGUCAGCUGAAGUACCCACGUGGUAUUGCUAUCGACAGUCAAGGAUUUGUUGUAGUAGCAGAUAGUGGGAACAAUCGCGUUCAGAUAUUUAGAGCAGAUGGGAGGUAUUAUUCCAUGUUUGGAAGCUGGGGAAAUGAGAAUGGGAAGUUUAAAGGUUUGGAAGGAGUUGGAAUUCUGGCAAAUGGAAAUCUUGUCGUAUCUGAUCGAGAGAAUCACAGGAUUCAAAUUUUCUAAGAAAAGCUUAAUAGCAGUAGUACAUUGUCAUAACUGAAAUGGGUUUAUUAUUGAUGCAUGUUGUUGAAGGAUAUGUUUGCAGUGUGUGAUUCAAAAGUAAUUGUUCAUCAGGUAUUAUAUGAGAAGAGUAAUUAAUAUGUACAAUGCAGAUCUUGCUAUGUAAAAAAUUGAGGGGAGUGAUUAAUUGCUACCUUAACUUUGAUUAUCGGGAGCCAUUUAAGAUAUAUUGAUAUAUAAAACUAUAUGUGGGAGCUAAAAAUUACUCUCCUUGAAGUUCUAGUUUCAGGGGAGUGAGUGUGAUGGCUCCCCUUAGACGGUGAGGUCUGCAGUGUAAGUGAAAAUAACAAGAAACAUGAUAAAUAGAGGCUGUGUUUAUAGAAGGACAAAUAAUAACCAUUAUAGUAUCCAGAUCCAUAUCCCUACCAUACAUGUCUGUGAUAGCAUUCAAGUGAUAUUUAACAAAGCUGUGAUGAAAUGUUGAUGUACUAACCACAGUGUAACCUACUAAUAGCUGUGUUUGUUUUUGCAACUAAAAAAAAUGGCAUCAGGAAAAAAUCUGAUAAUCAUUCAGGUAUCGCUUUAUAUGAGUCGAUGAUUCGUUAUGUGAAGAUAUUUUAUUUGAAAGAUCAUGCUUGUAUAAAGCAUUGUUUGUUUCUGUAGUAGCUUUUCUUUUGUCUGAUCUCAGCUGUCAAUCAGUCUAUGUGAUCUUUGGUGAUCUCGCUUCAUCACAAUGGCAAUUAAUUAAAAUGCUGUUAAUUCUAAGACAACACUCUGACAGUGAUAUAUGUUUAUAUAGUCCGAUCGGUUCAUCACAGUGUCUUCAGCUUGACCGAUUUCUCUUCUUUCGGAUUCCAAUCUGGUCUCAUCGCCAUUAUCGUCACUGUGAUUAUUAUUGUUAGCCACAGUUGGUCUGAAAGCAGGAUUUCUAGCUUGGUGUGGUUUCAUAAAAUCUGCAUAGCCUGGUCACCUGACUUAUCUCGUAAGUAACGUCGUUAACGUCGUUAUUUCAUACAGGCCAUUCCAAUGGGUUUUUAUUUUGGCGAUAAACUACGCUCUUUUCAUUGGAGUGUAUAACCAAAUAUUGUCCCCUGGCUGGUAUUUCUUCUAGUUUAAGCAUAUGCUGUACAAUCUUUUUUGUCAAAGAAGUACUUCACCGAAUAUUGUAAUGCAGUUUUUAAAAUUUCUUACAAACGCGGCAGUCCAGCAAUUAGUUCGAUGGGUGGAGUUGUCCUGGACAUUAUGUAAUUCGGACUAAAACCAGUGGCUUCGUGUUUUGCUGUUCUAUAAGCCGUGCAUACUAAUUGCAAAUGUCAGUCCCAGUCUCGAUGAUUUUGUUGAACGUAUGCGCUUAACAUGACUUCAGUAGUUUGGUUCAUACAUUCUACCAUUCCGUCGGACUGGGUGAAAAGGUGUGGUGCAGGUCUUCUUAAUAGCCAGUAACUCACACAUCUCUUGAUACUGUUUGAAUUCAAACUGCCAUUCUUGAUCAGUGUAUAAUUUGGCGCACUCCAAACGGGCGACUAGACAACUCGAGCAAUUGUCUCUGCCAUCAUAUUGGCUUCUACCCACUUUGUGGAAAUAGUUCUGUAUGACGAGAACAUAGGCGUUUUCAUCUUCUGUGCGUGGUAAUGGUCUCAUUAGGCCCAUGGCUAUCCGUUAUAUGGGUUCGCCAGCUCCAGUCGUCUGCAUUAGUGCACGACGAUGGGGUCCUCCCGGUUUCUUCUUGCACACAGGUCACACGUAGAACACCUUCACACAGUUCAGUGGAGUCCAAUCCAGUAGAAUCUCUGUCUUACCUUACUUAAAGUCUGCAUUCUUCCAAGGUGUCCACCUGUUGGGAGCUCGUGGCAUUGAAGCAUAAUUUCCUCUUGCAAAUCUUUUGACCCCUGUGGUAUAAUGAACUGUUCAAUCACGGGAUCUCGGCUUUUUUACCACUUGCAAAAUAGCAUAUUUGCAUGCACGCCAAGCUGUUCAAACUGGGAUCGAUACACUUUUAACACAGCACUGCUUAUGGAUAUGUCAUUCCAGUCUGGAUUCUUAUGGUCGUGUAGCCACUGUUUUACCUUACAAAUAUCGUUAUUGUUUUCCUGUGCUUGUUGUAAAGUAGCUACUCACACUGGUGCAAUGCGUAUUUGGUACACAUCCUGUAUUAUUAUUUCUUCCUCCUGGCGGCCACAUUGGCGGCAUGCCCGACUCAAUGUAGAAUGUCAGAAUCGAAAUUGUAAAGAACGUUCAGCCACCUAGCUAGUUGACCACUCAUUUCUUUGAAGCGCUUAAGCCAUCGUGAGGUUCUAUGGUCCGUUCUUAGUGUAAACUUCUUUCCAUAGAGGUAUGGCCUGAAUGCUUUGACAAAAUGAACAGCCACAAGCAGUUCCUUUCAUUUUACACAAUACCGUUUUUUGGGGGUUUUCCCCCUAGAACUCGGCUGUCAUAUGCGAUGACCUCUAUCACGUUAUGCACUUGAGAGAGAACAGCACCAAUCCCAUUUUCACUAGCAUCUGUGUCCAGAACGAAUUCUUUGGUAAAGUCAGGGUGAGCCAAUAUUGGUACAGUGGUUAAUAGUCGUUUCAGGAGAUCAAAUGUGGUUUGCCUGUCAAUGCUCAAAAUGAAAAGAACUCGUCUUCUCUGUUAGUUUGUGCAGUAAGGCGGCAGUACUAACAAACCCUUCAACAUGAACCCGGUAGUACGAACAAAGCUCCAAAAAGUGUCGAACCUCAGUGACUCUGGUCGGUUCUGGCCAAUUUCUUACACUACUUAUCUUGCUGGGGUAGGUGAGUAUCCCAGCGGAAACUCCACCGGGUCGGUUAUUAUCAGAUAAUCUCAACCCUGGGCCGUUACAUAUUGAUAGAUUCGUCAAGAUCGUUUUCCUCCUCCAAUCUGGUUUUCUUUUAAAUAAAACGAUGCCUUGUUAGCUGGUACAUUUUCUGUUCAUUGUCCGCUACGACUUCAUUUGGAAUUGACAUCACUUUGGUUACUUUAUUUUCGCUACUUACCAAUGCCGUGUCCAGUAAUGGUUAAUUCCAAAAACCUGUAACCGUUUCAUUUGGUGACGAUUACACAGGUCCGAAAGUUGUUUGGUAAAAUUUAAGAUGAGGUAUUAUAAACACAGUUUUAUUGACGAAAUAAUUCAACUGCAGUUUAGAUGUCCACUGGUGAACUGGGUACAUGCUCUAAGUUCUCUGACGUAGCACUGGGCACUUUCACGUCUCGAACUCUCGGGCUGAGCAGUUGGCGUGUGCUUCUCUUAAUCUUUAGGUAUGUGCACUAGGCGUGUGCUCCCAACUGUCUUUCAGGUUGUACCUCUCGGUCUUUCAGAACAUGCACUUGACGCAUGUACCUCGAUUACUCAAGCGGUGCAUCUGACACUCUUGGCCAUCCGGUCUGUGCACUUGACGCAUGCACCUCGAUUACUCAAGCGGUGCAUCUGACACUCAUGGUCGUCCGGUCUGUGCACUUCGUGUGUGAACCCAACUGUCUUUCAAUUGUACCUUUCUGUCUUUCAGGACGUGCAAUUGACGCAUGUACCUCGGUUACUCAAGUGGUGCACCUGACACACUUAGUCGUCUAGUCUGUGCACCCAACUGUCUUUCAGUUGUACCUUUCGAUCUCUCAGAACGUGCACUUGACGCAUGUACCUCGGUUACUCAAGCGGUGCAUCUGUCACUCUUGGCCGGUCGGUCUGUGCACUUGGCGCGUGCACCUCUGACUAUUUCAGGUUGUACGUCUCGGUCUUUCAGGCAAUGGUUAUUAUUUGGCUAUUAUAUCAAAAGCGAACAGCAUUAUUGUCAAAUGUGAAGGGAAAAAUCAUGAUUAGAAAGUUUAGUAUAGUAUAUAGUUCCUAUAUAUUUUAUUUAAUUUCCAGUGUUAACAUGUCUCGUUUGAUACUAUUUAGCUGAUAUUGCCAGCCUAGUCUCCAUUUUUUGUAUAGAUUAGGUUACUGUAACAGUUAUUUUAAAAUGUAAUGCAUGAGUGAAAUAUCAAACUUGUAUUAUAUUUUAAUAGGAUGUUUUAAUAUUAGGUUGCUUCUCAAAAUGUUAAAUGAAAUAUUUUUGGGUAUUCUAGUUUUAAUCAUAUAAUAUUUUUUUUUUAAUAACAGAAAUGUCUUAUGUUUAUAUUCAUGUACUUUAGAUCAAUAUGCGCGGCUUUCGUGAUAACAUUGCAGUCAUACAUAAAGUUCUGUCAAUAUACAAGAAUUAUUCUUAUUUUCUUAUCUCGGGCCUUGUAUCUCCUGAUGUUUUAUACUGUUGCGAACAUUGCAAAAUCUUGUAAACUCGAUUAAAUUAUGGCCCUUUAUCACUGUUUACAACAUCAGAAAUUCAGAGCAUUGAUAAAAUGUUGUCUAACUGAGGCAUCGCUGAAUUUGCAGAUAUGGAUGACAGUAUUUCCACUACUGGAUAGGGAAUAUCUGGUAUAAUCAUUAGUGACUAGCAUUACGUACACUCCAGAGGGAAAAGGUCCACAGAAGUCCACAAUAACUUGAAUCCAUGAUGCCUGACGUAAUUUUGUCAUUUCAAUGGUUCUUUUACGGAUUGCUUAACUAAAGCCAAAUAAGCUUUGCAAAUAUUUUAGACCUGCUUUUUACAAUGCGUUGGUGACGUUCAUGAGCCAAUUGUAUCACUUUGGUCAGCCGUUUGUUGUCGGUUUGGUUUAGGUUUUUUAUGUUCUUUCUUAGUUGGUUUGUUAUUGUUGUUGUCGUUGGGUUUUGGCGGGUUUUAUUCAUCGUUUUAGUUAUUUAUCCUUUUUUCGUGUUGGAAGGCUAUAACUACUUGGAACUGGAAAACUAAGUCUGAGGGAUAAAAGUCUUAAAACUGACAGAUGAUCUAACCACAUAAGCUACACCAAUGGCAAAUUGUUACUCGAAGACAACAAGGUGCAUUUACAAUCGUCUUUUUGUCUUUCGUCGCAUUCGAUAACAUUCAAAAUAUUCUUUAACAUCCACCCCAACCACCACUCCACCAUAAAUAUAUUUUGUUCCCUUUCAUAUUAUUCCUAAGGUGUUUUUUUUUCUUCUUUAAAUAGUUUUGUCUAUGAAUCAUGGUAAUGAUUACAAACGUGAUGGCACAAUCAUGAGAACACGUUAUUUGCAAAGCAAAAAGUUGAUUACGCAAGUCAAAAUGCAGUAUGUGGUUUUGGUAUGCUACCCUACGCUAUAUAAAUUAACUAGCGUAAUUGCAGAAGCUAAUAUUUACAUAAAGGAUUUUUGUAAUAAUUGUUGAAUUAAUAAAGAUAAUUAUGUUCAACAAUAACAUAAUUACUCGAAUUAUAUGUCCGGUAUUCACUUAUGAAUUGACAUUCGAUGGUGUGGGGGUGGUUAAGUUAUAAAACGAAGAGAGAAACCACUUGUUUGGCAUCACUUCAACUUUUUUUUUUUUUAUGUCAAGUCUGUGGUUUAUUUAUUUAUUCCCAUGUCUUGUAAACAUUGCUUGGUUUCCACUUGCGCAGAAGAUCACUAUAUACAUGUACUACGCCUUAUUUUCUUGAUGUAUAGUUUUAAAUAUUUGUAACCUCUUUUUUUUCAUACAUAUACAUUUUACAAGGUUUGUUUACUCAUGUUUUAUAGAGAUGUUUACCUCUUGACGUUACAUAUUAUUUUUAUUAUGUAUUUUUUAAAAUUAUAUUUUAUUCUUUUUAAAUGACGACUGGUAGCGAAUAACUUGGUUCUGAAUAUGUGAUCAGCAUACUGAUUCAGUCUGCUAUGUCAGACGUUUGCAGUCUGGAUUUUCUUUAAUAUGUUUUGUUUUUUUGCUUUUAAUGUUAAUGCGCAUGAACAGAUGUCGUCUUCCUGUGAAUGGAAUUUCAACUACGAUUACCGUAGUGGAAAGUAUUUAUAGAUAUGUAAUGUACGAGUUCCGACUUAAUGGUACCACACUGACUGAAUUCCAGGAGAUCAUCAACAUCUGCUUUGUGGAUUGUUUACAAAACAGUAAUUGGGAAUCGAGAGCCACACAAAUGCGUUCUGUGGAAGAGUCGCAGAGAGACGGGUCUUUGUGACUUUCAGACGAGUAAUUUUACCUCAUUGUUGCCACCGAGUCUCGCAGCUUUGAGCAGUUGGCAACUGUUAGACGAUUAGUAACUUUAGGUCCAAAGUCAGGGCUAACUCUGGGUGCGCAAAACAUUUCGCCAAAUGUCUUUUAAACAUUAAAAAUUGCAGAAAUCAACAGGUUUUUUUUUUUUUUUUAUUAUUACAUGAAAUUAUUUCGCCAAAUUAAAAUAAAAUUCGCCAACUGUUUUCAAAAUUCGCUAUUGGCGAAUUGUGUGAGUGCCAGAGCUAGCCCUGAAAUUACUGAUUGGUUUACAGACUGAUGUUAGACUGAAGGAGCCAUGUUUAGCUCAGUAUGUCAGUACUGAUUUUAUUAUCACAUAAUUCAGCUUGCUGAAAAUUCCGUUUUUUUACCAGUAGGGAUCGACUAAUUCGAAAUUGUAUUGUUCUGAAUUUGCAGUGGCAUUCUAGUUAUGAAAUAUGUCUUAAUAUUGUCAUGACAAAAAGUAUGUUCACUUUUACAUAGCGAAUCUGAGGAAUGAAAGCAAGAUUAUUACUUUACAUAAGGAAUCUGCGGAUUCUUUUUUCACGGCCUAGAGAUCGAAGAAGGCUGCGAUAAAAAUACAUCAUUGCGAAUUCGUAACACUGUCUUAGCUGUAGAUCUAGACUGCUUCCCCUAUCACUUUCACCAACAGGACUAGUGUUCUUCUAUGAUGUCUGGAGGCGUUCAAUAAAUACAUAACGCGCGAUGGGGCAGGGGUACCGUUUUAUGGAAUUAGUUAUAUUUUAAAACGCGUUGUAUGUGAGAUGGGUAAAAUAACGCCUGAUUUUGCGUUACGUCACUGCUGAACGGUGCACGUGUUUGUCUAUAGUAUGAUUUGAGAAUUUUGACCGUGUGAAAGUCUGGAUCGCUCUUCUACCGUACAGGUGUGGAGCUGUGUGUUUCCCAUCUAAUCUAUCUUGCUUAUAGUAUGUUGUUGAGACACGCUUGCUUACAAACCUAAUGUACUGUUUAUGAACAGCUCUCUUUAUAUUUGUGUGUUGGUACCCGCUUAAUGCGUAACACAUGUUUAUGUAAUACUGACAUUAAUUCUCGGGUACUACUGUAUUUUUAUCUUGCCCCAAAUAGUUACCAGGAAUACGAACGAACUAGUGUAAUGAAAAUAAACACCUUAAAGAAUUCCUGGCAUAUAAGCUGCUGGUGUAAUAAGCUGAGCUUCACUAUGUCAGUGUUAGAUAUUUGGUUAGCAAAACAAAAAGUAUUUAUAGAUGGUGGUAUGAGUAUCUGCAUCCUAGGAAAUAAUAUACGUACUGUAGUACGUGUGUUUAUGUUAAACUGACAUAAUGGGAGAUAAAGUAUACAUGGCCAUUUGAGUUUGUCCCGCAUUUUAUUAUCUGUAUGUUUUUGGAUUGUUUGUUUUAAAAUUAAAUUACUCCCAUUGUACACAAAUGUAUUUCUUAUAAUGCUACAUUUUACUGUAGCACCAUUAAUGAGGCGAGUUCUUUUGUUAUUGAUUUUGUUAGUGGUGGGUUUUAUUUAUUUAUUUAUUUUACAUUAUUUUAGUAGUAGUAGUAGUAGUAGUAGUAGUAGUAGUAGUAGUGUUAGUAUUAUGAUUAUGAUCAUGUUAUUAUUAUUACUUUGGGUGGGGGGGGGGGGGGGUUGGGAGUGGUGCAGUAUUUAGUAUCACGCCCUCUUUGUAUUAAAAGAAUGAGAAAAUGAGAAAAGAUUUUGUGCUUUUAAAAAUUCAUUAUAAUCAUGCGCAUGUUCUGCUGUCAAAUUAUUCAUUAUCGCUUUAUUUUUGAGUACAUACCGCUUUUUAAAUGGCAUUGGUUCUAUAUUUGUCAAAAAUUUACCAGUAUUUCCUAUCUCAUUUAAGGCAGCGGAAUUUUUUUUGCAUCUUGCCAUAUUGUGUCAAACUAACCUCAAGUCUGUAUAGUGGUGUUCUAACCACGGCGGAUUGUACGUCAGCUUUUAUUAUCUUGUCAUUUGGGAAAGGCUACCCUUCAGUGUAUGCUUUUUUGUCUGUAUUUCUGUUCGCUUGUACAUUUUGAAAAAUGUCCACGUUAAUUCAUGACCAUCAAUUUCCUAUAAUAUAUAAAUGUUCGAUCUCAGCAGAAGAAUACGUCUCGAAUCAUCCUUUGGGUGGGGAUGAAUGCAGUGUAAUUGAAAUGGUAGAUCUGAUCAUCCUUUGGGUGGGGAUGAAUGCAGUGUAAUUGAAAUGGUAGAUCUGAUCAUAUUUUGCUAGCUCCGUUUCGUGUCCAGGUAAACGUGUAGUACGAACAGUCAUUCCGAGUGCGUUAUUCUUCAGGCUGUUUGAACGAAAGGUCACCUGGUCAAGAGAUCGUUGGUUUUUCUCACACCUCCAAGGCGGUGUCAAAAAUAAGAUCUGAAGCAUGUCCAGGAGGUCACUGGCCAAACUGGUUUUGGCGCAUAAUUCAAAUGAAUGUGAUUGGCUAAAAUAGGAUCGAUACCGGUCAAAAUUCUUAACGAGCGCUCUCACUCCUGAACAUGUCACUGAUUUGAAUCAAUUAAUCAACCAUUUCACAGGUUUAAGCUCGUCUGUCAUGGGUACAUUCUCCAAAUUAACCGGCGAAUUGAAUUAAAUUAGGUAUGUUUGGUUUGGGAUGUACAAAUUAACCGGCGAAUUGAAUUAAAUUAGGUAUGUUUGGUUUGGGAUGUACAAAUUAACCGGCGAAUUGAAUUAAAUUAGGUAUGUUUGGUUUGGGAUGUACAAAUGACUAUGAGGACAGUAUUCUACUUCUAUAUGUUCAACUGUUGACGUGUUAAUGACUGUUUUUCUGCUGUUGAUACGGUUGAAUUACAAUACUAAUAUAUGAUUAUAUGCCUUUAAAUUAACAUUAAUGUGUGUGGCUCCCAGUGUUCCUGAAUUAUUUUAAUUGUGACCUUGUUUAAAAUGUGAUAAACAGUAUUAAUACGCGUGUAUUACCCGGAGUGCCUGUUUUAUUUUAACCUUGUAUAUUAGGUAACAAAAGAUUGUAUCACUUUUGUGGAAUAAACUCCCAGAAUUAA